AUGGCAGGUUUCGAGUUCGUGAACGUGACCGAUCCUAAAGAGGUCAAGAAGCACUCAUCGAAGAUUCGACGUCAUGUAAUGAAGGACAUAGGCAAGGCCCGGCGCAAACCCAAGCCUCGGGAUCGACGCCAGACCAAGAUCAUCGACGAGCAGCCUAAAAUAGGAGAGGAAGACGACAGCAGACCGGCUGAUCGGGCCGAAGACGAGGUUGAGAAAGACUUGCGGUCGUACAUACAUAAAAUGACGACAGCGGGAGUGAGGAACGACGGCCAUAUCAGCCAGAUGGUAUACCCAUUCGAGAUGACCGAAGACAGGAUCCAGCUAGCGCGGUAUAUGAUUGAAGAAGCUCGGCAUGUGUAUAGGCCGUUUCGCUUCGCGUGGCUUUCUGUGGGCCUCACAGAUGCGGCUUCGUGGAACAUUACGCUGGCAAACGCUGCGCUAUUCAGGAGCCGAGGUCUCGGGGCCGAAGUUACUGAAUACACAGAGAGUCAAGAGGCAUUAAAGUACUACACUCUAUCGCUAGAAUCUAUAUCCAAGCGGUUACAGGACCCGGAGGAGGUUGGCAGCGAAGGACUCGUCAUUGCCGUGACUGGAUUCAUAUGUCAUGAUAACUCAGUCGGUAACUUCGAGCGGAUGAAUGACCAUCUCAAGGGCCUCAAGCACAUCGUGGAGAAAAGGGGUGGACUUGAGAAGCUAAGCAGCCCCUUUCUGCGGCUGAUGAUUUCAUGGCAUGAUCUUUGCGCGGCCACCUAUCUCAAUGCCAGCCCGUACUUCAAAGUGCCCGAGGGUUCCCUGACCGAGAUCGACACUGGCGAUGACACCAUGUACCUUGAUGUCCUACUCCGGGACUGGGACUUUCAGUGUCCGUCCCUGGGCGACAUCAUGUGCGCCCUCAAGGCCACAGCCAAGGUGGCUAUCUACGUCAACAGACAUGGCCACGAGCCGAACUUCUGGAAGGACGACGUCACGAUCGCACGACUAUUGGGCCCGGCAUCCCACGAAAUUCUGACCCUGGAAGGGCGGCCGCUCCCGAGCGACUCGGCAGACCCUGAAUACUCAGGAAUCGCGGCUCGGGAGGCUUUCCGGCGCGCGGCGCUGAUCUUCCUCGCCGACGUCAAGAUUCGCUGCCUGGCCGGGGCCCGGGAGCUGCCCCGCCACCUCGACGCCUUCCGGCAGAUCUCGCGGCUGCCGCUGGUGAACUGGACCGUGGUGCCCGAGCUCAACCUGUGGGCGCACGUUGUCGCCGCCAUCCAGGAGGAUAGCGACGAGCGGGCCUGGCACGUGGCGGUUAUAAGCGGCAUCAUGGACGCCCUCGGGCUGGAGACGGGAUCGCAGGCGCUGGAUGUGGCCAGGGGAGUCAUUUGGGCCGAGUCCAUCAUGGGCGAGAAGGCACAGGCGCUUUCUGACCAUAUUGACUCGCACCGCAGGUUGAAUGUGCUGUCGCAGCAUCUUCAGGAUGUGCCGUUAGACCCGCUACUUGAGGAUUUUGAUUUCGCGCAGCUCGCCAGCCUAGAGGCUUCUCAACUAGGCCCGACUCAAAGUUAG